AUGCAGUCUAAUUUUGAAACAGCAGACCUCCCUUCUCAGCAACACUUCAUGGACACCAACUCCUCCUCCCCUGUUUUCUUUAACCCCCAAAAUCAAACCCACCCUAGUUUCCACCAACAACAGUUGAGUCAUCACCUUGUUCAUCCCAUUCCCAUUACCCAUGAGUUGUUUCAAGGACUGCACCCACAGCCAGAACAAGAACACCAAUCUGGAACAGCUCACUGGCAGAUGAGUCCUUUAAAUUUCAAGCUGGGUCUGAAUGAGAACAGUGCCAGUGGUCAGGCUGCUUUGCUUGAUCAAAACAACCCACUAUUUCUUCAGAGCCGUCAACAAAAUUUAGGCUUCAAAAGUUGGCAGCCUCAGGAAUUUAGCACUAGGAAAGAACCCUUUUGGAAGCCCAAUGAAACAGAAGGCAUGAAUCAGAAGCAAGAAAUUCAAGGAGAGAUGUGCAAGGAGUUGGAGGGCAAGUACAGGCUUUAUGGUGAGCUUGAAGCAAUUUAUAGCCUUGCAAAGAUUGGUGAUGUUAAUAAUAGGCAAACUGGUUCUGGGUCAGCUCUGACUAAUGAAAACUCCCUUGAUGACGGGUCAGAAGCCUCCAUUGAAGAAGAGGUUUCGUAUAGGAAUGUUCAGAAGAGGAAGAGGAAGAGGAGAAUGAAGGAGCAAAUGAGUUCAUCGACGGCGCGAUUUUUCGAGGGGUUAGUGAAGCGUGUGAUGGAUCACCAAGAGAGUCUGCACAACAGGUACUUGGCAUUGAUUGAGAAAAUGGACAGGGAGAGGAGGGAGAGAGAAGCGGCGUGGAGAAUGCAAGAGGCUGAGAAGCAUAAGAGAGCAGCCAUUGCCCAACUCCAUGAACAGGCUCUAGCUUCAAAGAGAGAGUCACUCAUUCUUUCAUACAUUGAGAAAAUCACAGGCCGAAAGGUCAACAUUCCUUGUAGGGAAAUACCAUCAUUGUUGCAAUGUGAUUAUUCAAAUGGAGCUAGGGAGGGGGAGUUGACACCGGCCAAAGCUGAUCAUGAGACAAAUAGCAGAUGGCCUCAGAGUGAAGUUGAGGCCUUGAUUCUAGUGAGAAGUAAUAUAGAACCCAAGUUUCAGGAGCCAGGGCAUAAAGGGCCUCUUUGGGAACAGGUUAGUGCUUCAAUGGCUUCGUUGGGUUAUCAGAGGAGUGGAAAGAGGUGCAAAGAGAAGUGGGAGAACAUCAAUAAGUACUUUAGGAAAACCAAAGAUAGCCCAAAAAAACGUUCUCAGCAGUCCAAAACUUGCUCUUAUUUUAAUCAGUUGGAUCAGUUGUAUUCUAGAACACCAAUCACCAAUCCCCCAUCAUCUUCUUAUUGUUCUAGCAACCCUGCAGUUAGCAUCGAAAGGCAAGGUUACUCGGAGCUUUUACAAGCUGUUAUUACAGGGAGUGACACAGGAGUUUCAGAAAACCUUUCUAGUGGGAACUUUGAAUUACUCUCUGAAAUGGGGUCCAAUAGGUUGGAUUUUGAUGGCUUUACUAAUGGUAAGGUAGAACAUUUGCGAGAAAACCAUGGAAGGGAGAUGGAAAACCAUGAGGAUGAUGGAAGCAUGGAAGAAGAGGAAGACAUUCAUGGUGAUGAUUCUGAUGAGUAG